AUGGCUUCAUCAUCAUCUUCUUCUUCUUACGGAGUUUCUCAAAAAUAUCAUGUUUUUCUUAGUUUUAGAGUUAUUGUCUUCUCAAAAGGUUAUGUCACAUCUAGAUGGUGUCGUGAAGAACUCACAAAGAUCACUGAAUGCAAGAAAGCGAGAGAUCUGAUGGUAGUGCCAGUUUUCUAUCACGUGAAUCCAUCAGAAGUAAGAAAUCAAAUUGGAACAUUUGGAGAAGCAUUUGUGAACCAUGAAGAAAAGCAGAGCUCAGAGAAGGUGAUGAGAUGGAGGCAUGCUUUGAAUGAAACAACUAAUCUAUCUGGAUUUGAUUCAAGUAACAUUAGGUAA